CAAACACCGUCAACUUUCCAACAUCGACCCUCCGAGCAGCAAACCGCCACGAUGUUGAUUCCCAAGGCCGACCGCAAGAAGAUUCACGAGUACCUCUUCCGCGAGGGCGUCCUCGUCGCGCAGAAGGACUUCAACCUCCCCAAGCACCCCGAUAUCGACACCAAGAACCUGUUCGUCAUCAAGGCUGCCCAGUCCCUCAACUCCCGCGGCUAUGUCAAGACCCAGUUCUCCUGGCAAUACUACUACUACACCCUGACCCCCGAGGGUCUCGACUACCUCCGGGAAUGGCUUCACCUGCCCGCCGAGAUCGUUCCUGCUACCCACAUCAAGCAGCAGCGAUCACACGCUCCUCCCCGUGGCAUGCUCGGCGAGGGCGAGCGUGAGCGACGACCCUUUGGCGGCCGUGGCCGUGGCGGCGACCGUGGCGACCGUGAGGGUGGAUACCGAAGGAGGGAUGCUGGCGAGGGCAAGGAGGGUGGUGCUCCCGGCGAGUUUGCUCCUCAAUUCCGUGGUGGCUUUGGCCGUGGACGUGGUGCUGCUCCUCCUUCCUAAACGAAUCUGUCUCUUUCGGGGUUAACAAAUCUUAUGAUGCAUGGCGCAAUUAAGAACACGGCAUGUAGUCUAAAAAACGUGAGGCAAUCCUCACCAUGGGUCCACUCAUGAAGAAAUGGGACGUGAGGGGGGAUAUCGUGGGGAGUUCUUGGAGGUUAGAUCCUCGGAAAUCAUUUGCAUC